AUGGAAAGCACGGCCUCAAAGCAGCUACCACCGACGACAAAGGGCAACAUGACGCGGCCACGACCGUUGUCGACCUUCUCGUCGGCCUCCACCCAUCUCGAUAUCUUUACCCCCAUUACUCCCCCAACGAUCACCCCCUUCCUAACCCUCAGCACCACCCCCGCGCCUCCUGUGGACCCAGAAAACGGCGUGUCAACAAAGGAGAUGAUAGUAGACUCGCCACCAGAAGGUGGCCUGCAAGCGUGGUUGACAGUUGCUGGAUCCUUCUGCAUCACCACAGCCGUGUACGGAUUGAGCAACUCUGUCGGUGUCAUCCAACCCUACUGGGCCCAGCACCAUCUGUCCUCCUUUCCGAUCCAAGACAUCGCCUGGAUCUCAGGCGCCAACAUCUUCCUGUGUUUGUUCCUGGGCGUCCAGGUCGGCCCAUGGUUUGACCGGUUCGGUCCGAGAUGGCUGCUGAUGGCGGGUAGUCUGGUGUACCUAGCAGGACUUGUCGGGCUAGGCUUCCUGCCAGAAGAGAGCGAUGUCCAUGUCAGACAGGGCGUGCGAGCUCCGGGUGUCAUGUAUGGUCAUUUGAUGCUUCUUUGGGGUAUCGUCAUGGGUUCGGGGGCGGCUUUAUGCUGCACUGUUGCUCUCUCUGUUCUCGCGCACUGGUUCGAAAAGAAGAGGGGGUUGGCGGCAGGGAUUGUCUUUGUUGGUAGCAGCGUGGGGGGUGCUGCUUUUCCGUUGGUGUUGAGGACCACGCUGCCCAAGUUGGGAUGGGCAUGGAGCAUGAGGAUCCUGGCUCUCAUUGUGACAUCGCUGUUGGGUAUGGGGAACAUCCUAAUCAAGGGUCGCAUCAAGGGUCGACGGGGGUCGGGGGCGAUCAACUUUGGAUGUUUUCGAGACGCUAGCUUUCUGUGGACGACUGUUGGUUGCUUCAGUAUGUGCCUUCUCGACUUUGGACUAGGCUCAGGAGUUGGACGGCUGGUGGCGGGUGCCAUCUCGGACAAGAUUGGCCGGUUCAACACCAUGAUCUUGACCACCAUCUUCUCUAUCAUCACAACAUUUGCCGUCUGGAUGUUGGUGGAAACGGACAGGAUGUGGCUACUCUACCUGUUCGCAGCCCUCUUCGGCUUCGGCACCGGUUGUGUCAUCAGCAUCGGGCCGAUCUGUGUUGGGCAGUACGUGCUCCCUCAACUUGAAGAGCACGGGCAACAGCUUUGCUGA